CGGAGGGUUGCCGCAUGGCCGUCUCGCCAUGAUGAACAAGGCCGUGAAGCAUAAGCUCACCACGACCUUCACGCGUCUCAAGGCGGGCCUCACCAAGGACAGCCCCCCUCUCCCGCCUCGUCGCCGGGCUCGGCAACCCGCAUACGACCCUGACUUCGAGGCGGCCUACGUGGCCGCUCAUCAAGAAUAUCAGGUGGCCUUCAACCAGCAGCAGCAGCAGUUCAUGGAGUACAUGGCAUAUAUACAUGCGUCGAUGGUGGCCAAUCAAACUGGACAGACAGUGGAUUUAGGGCCGAUGCCUCCCUUUCCGGGGCCGGCGCCAAACAUGCCAUCGAAGGAAAAUUUCGCUGCGGAGUACUAUGGGAGAACAGCGGUAAGUUCUUCGCCAAACCGAAUACUACGGCUUUCCUUUGCCUCGCAAAUUGCUAACAUCUCGGGAACAUGUGUGUAGGGAACGGGAUGUUCCGGAAACCAGGGUGGUGGGAGGGAGAUCACACCGGUUCAUCAUGGUGGUCCUUCUCCCGGUGC